AUGGAAAGCUUAUGUCCCUGUGUUCGUUUAUGCCGGCCCCAUGUGUUGUCAGUACCUGCCUCCUUCCCAAAGCACUGGCAGAUUCGUAUUUCCUCGCUUCGGCAACAUUCGCUCGACGAAAGAUGCAAGUUCACUGGAGGAGCACUGGUGGGAGCUGUGCUUGCUGUUGCUGUCGGGCCGUGCAGAAGCACGGCCAAGUGGAGGCGUCGACCAGAUUUGAAGUCCGUCUUGCCAGCCGCAGCCUUUGAUGCAGAUGAUGUCGUUGUGGUGUAUGAUCGGAACUCAAAACAAGCGGGAGAAGUUGUGGUUGCGGUCGAGCAGGACAGUGCAAUGGCUCCCCGCCCUGUGUCCUAUGCCAUCGUGCCGUCGAGCGACAGCGCGGCUCUGCUCGAGCUGGCGAGGCAGCGGAACCUCAAUGAUGACUGCGUUGAGCGACUUCGACGGGAUGCUUGUGCUUGUGCGGUGCUGCCUGGCGGGGCCAUGAUUGAGGACCUGGAGAUGGAUCCCUGGCCCUUACUGCGGGAGCUUCGCUACAGAACCUGUCUUGAGCACCCCAGCAAAGACGACAUCGAAGCAUUGGAAGAGACAUAUUUCCGCCCUCUUAGAUCCUUGAAAGCCGAAUGGUGGAAGCAGCCAGAGGCUUUGAAAUCCCUGGCCCAGCAACUGGACGAGGUUGGCUUCGUCUUGAUUGACGACUUUUUGCCGGACGAGGUGAUCAGGCGAGUCAAGGCAAGCAACUUGGACCUGUACCAGAACUCUGAGAUGCAACUGGGGUCUACAACAGGUGGUGUUCCGCUCAGUUUCUCUUGCAUGCGGUGCGUGGCAUCAGCUUCUGGAGAUGUCGGGAGAUCUCUUCACGUUGGUGUCUUAGAGUUCCUUUCGUUGGCGUUCUUGAAGUACCGCGGCAGUACGGUUAAUGCGAGGAGUAGGGUGUCGUCGGCACUACAAGUCGUAGACUGGGUAUGCGGCAGACGAGAGUGUAAUCCCAUCUGUGAGGAGAAGUUUAUCCAAAUCAGUGAAGAUAAAUGA